UGUGCUCCUACCCUAAGGAUAUACAGCAGCACCAGGAGCUCACUGGUGCUGAGGAGUUUGGUUUUUCUCGUUGGAUGCCGGUUUGACCUUGCAAGAUGGACAUACGUGUAGCGACCAUCCUCCUCCUUGUGGUGGCCUCUGCAGCAGCCCACGGAAAGGGUUACGUAGUGAGGAAGGUGAUGCCUGUGAAGAGCCAUGUGGUGGCAGGUGAGCCUGGUGCUCCAGGUGAGCCAGGCCCCGAGGGACCUCCUGGCCCUCCUGGCCCACCAGGUGAAAAUGGUGUAGGCUAUUCUGGACCUCAAGGACCUCCCGGACCCCCUGGAUCUCCUGGCCGCUCCAUUGCUGGUAAACCUGGAUCUCCAGGUGGUCCUGGCAAACCUGGCAGGCCUGGAGACUCUGGUGAGAAGGGAGAUACUGGAGCCACUGGCCCUCAAGGACCUAGGGGAGUCCCUGGAUCACCAGGAAGCCCUGGACCUGCUGGCCUCUCUGCUACUGGCAAGCCUGGACCAUCAGGUCUUCCUGGAGCAAUGGGACCUAGAGGAGAGCCUGGUCUGAAAGGACAUCCAGGUAUCCCUGGACUGCCAGGUUCUAAGGGUGAUAGAGGGGUGGGAGCACCUGGACCUCAGGGUGAGACAGGACCUGAAGGGCCUAUGGGUCCACCUGGAGCUACAGGUCCAGCUGGAGUUGGAAAGCCAGGAAAACCAGGUUCCUCAGGUGAGCCAGGAAAAUCAGGUAGCCCAGGUAGCGAUGGUGCCCCUGGUCCCAUGGGACCUCAGGGACCUAAAGGACACACCGGUGCCCCAGGUGUUGGUAUUCCAGGUAAACCAGGUGAGAAUGGUGCCCCAGGUCUGCCUGGUCCAGGUGGCCCUAAAGGCAACCAGGGACCUGCUGGAGCCACUGGUGCCCCUGGAGUGCCUGGAUAUGGAAAGCCAGGUGCAAAUGGAGAGAAAGGAGAAAGGGGAGCUACAGGUAGCACUGGUGCUACAGGCCCAAAGGGUGAGCAAGGUCCAACUGGAUAUACUGGUGCUACUGGUGCAACUGGCCCAACUGGUCCUACUGGACCUCAGGGUGAAAGAGGUUUCACAGGUGCACCUGGUGCUGUUGGCCCUAAAGGUGACACAGGAGCAACUGGUCCUCAGGGAUCUAAGGGAAACAAGGGAGAUCAGGGACCACAGGGUUUCCAAGGUAAGCAGGGUUACCCAGGACCAGCUGGUCCUGCUGGGGCCAGAGGGGAAACUGGACCCACAGGUGAAAAAGGAAAUGUAGGUGCCCCAGGUACCCCAGGAGCCCCAGGUAUCCCAGGCCCUGCUGGACCCAAAGGUCAUCCUGGUCGCCCAGGUGAGCAAGGUCCCUCUGGAUCAGAUGGUGCACCAGGUUCGAGAGGACCUACUGGGCCUCAAGGUCCCGCUGGUGCUCCAGGCCUCAAGGGACACCCAGGUCUCCCUGGUGCUCCUGGCCCCGCUGGUUUGGCUGCUAAGGGUCUCACUGGACCUGAGGGUCCUCCUGGUCAACCUGGUGAGCCCGGAGCUGAUGGAGAACCUGGUCCAGCUGGCCCUCCUGGUCCCCCUGGCCCUCCCGGUGAGGUUGUAUUUGAGAAGGGCAAGGACAUGGGUGUGAGCGAGAUUAUGGUGAAGUCCCCCAUGUCUGCUUUCACUGCAGCUCUGACCACCCCCUACCCUCCUGCUGGCAGCCCCAUUAAAUUUGACCACAUAGUGUAUAAUGCUGAGAAUCACUAUGACCCUGAGUCAGGCAUUUUCACUUGCCAGGUUCCUGGAGUGUACUUCUUCUCUUAUAGCAUCCAUGUCAAUGGAGCUCAUGCCCUGGUGGCUCUGUACAAGAAUGGCCAGCCUGUUAUGUUCACUUAUGAUGAGUACAACAAGGGUUUCCUUGACCAGAUGUCUGGUAGUGCUGUCCUCUUGCUUGAUGAGCAGGAUACAGUUUACGUCCAGAUCCCUGAUGAUGAGGCCAAUGGCGUCUUUGCUGCAGAGAAUGUCCACUGCUCUUUCUCUGGGUUCCUCAUCGCUUCAACGUGAUACGUUGAUUCAGUAGUUUCCGAAAGCCAACCAACUAAAUUUGCUACUUCUCAAACUAAACUCCCUGUUCGUUUUUCCUCAACCUAACAGACAGGCAGUUCACCAUUUUUGAGGAAUAGUAGCAUCUCGACUUGAAAACUACAAGAAAUAGGUGCUUAGAAGAAGGAAAACUAAUUUAUGAACACAGGUGAUCAGGGGUGGGGUAAGCAAUCAACAAUGUUACCAGUGAGAUUUUGUAAUGGAGACAGCAUGUGAAAUUGAGAUGUUAAACUGUGUUGUGUCCUGACUUUUUCUUUUCCAUUCUGUUCCUUUUAUACUGACUUUAACUGGUGACUCUUAAUUUAGUGUUUGUCUGGUUUUGUUUGUUUUUAUACAACCUUGUUUUUUUUUUCUUUCAGUUUUUUGUUUGGGUUACCAAUAAUCUUAUUAAAAGUACCCUAAUACUUUUUUCUGUGCAACCUGUUGUACUAAAUGUGACUUGAAUAUAUUGUGAAAUGGUAAUGGUCAAAUUGAUCGUUAUGACGAAAUAAGUCACCAAAAUGCUGUCAUGGA